AUGAAUUACUGCUGGCGAUUUUGUCUGGGCUUGUUAUUAGAGCAGGCGCUUUUAAGAGACUCUUUCGGUGUUCGCUUUGUCCCCAUUUUCCAUCCUUCUCCUCGGAGGGUCAAGGUUCAUAUCAGAAAUGCACUAUCAUCUCGAGGCGGUGGGGGUGGGGAUGCCGUCGGUGAAACUGAGGAUGAUGAAGAGCGAUACAGCCGUCAAGUUUUCGCUCUCGGCGCUGAAGCACAUAAGCGAAUCCGAUCGUCUACCGUAUACUUGGAUGGGCCAGGACUCGAUGCAGCUUAUUUCAAAGGAGAAUUAGAUGAUCUAGGCCGGGCAUAUCACAGAGCUGCACGGUCGGAGACUGGGAAGAGUGAUGAUGACUGCGAUGUAUCCGAUGAAGAAGUAUUGAUGGAGUACUUAAAGCGGCUCAACCCAUCAGUUCAGGUAUCAGUUGUAAAAUAUUCAGACUUUCGGCCAUUAGAUGACAGUUUGCGAGGAGUUCUUCUGUGUGUCGACCGUUGUCACGAGAAGCUACUAGUCAUGAAUGGCUUGGCAAGGCGACACAACCUUGCGUUUGUGGGGACUGAGACAGCUGGCGUGUACGGACGCGUCUUCUGCGAUUUUGGGACCUCUUUCGAAGUAAAUGACACUGAUGGAGAGACUCCACUGGUGAUUCCGCUAGAUCGAGUUGAGCGAGGGAUUAGUGACGAAAUACUUUUUGUAACAUGCCUUGAGGGGCAACAGCACGAUGUUUCCAAGGGUGAAGAAAUCAGGUUCAUCGAUCCUAACGGCGAUUCAUCAGAGCAGAAAUGCACGGUCAUCGAAGUGCACACUCCUUUGCGACUAUCGAUUGAGGUUGACAAAAAAGGCGGAUCUUGUCAAGAGUGGAUCGAAAGUGUAAAUAAGAAAUAUGUGGCAUUCUCCCGGAUCAAGGCUUCUAAGAAACUUUCCUUUGACGAUCUCGCAAUAGCGAGUAAAAAAGCGUCCAGCGAUGCUUCCAUUUUCACUCCUAGCGAUUUAGGAAAGAGUUUUGAUGACAACCGAAGAGCGGCACUUUUCGCUUGUUUCCGAGCUGCAUCAAGUUUUGUUGGGGAUCAUCUAAGAUGGGCUGACGACAACGACUUGGAUGAUUUCUGUGAGCUAGUCCGGACGUUUAUGUCUAACUGCGAGUCUGAGCACUGCUUUCUUUCUGAAUCGCAGCAUUUUAAUGUUGAACAGUUUCUUGAGGUUGGAAGAGCGAAGUUCAGCCCUAUCCAGGCUUUCUUUGGUGCGAUAGCAUCUCAAGAGGCAUUAAAAGCGUUGACCGGUCUUUACCACCCUAUCCAACAAUUCCUUCUGUACGAUUGCGACGAAAUUUUGAACUCUCCUUCAGAUCGCACAUGUUCUGUAAACGAAAAGGAGGGAAGUGACCGAAAUACAUGUGGACUUCGCCAUAUACUGGGUGAUUCUAUCGUUGAAGAUCUACAAUCCAUGAGAGUGUUUGUAGUGGGUGCUGGAGCAAUAGGCUGCGAGAUCCUUAAGAAUCUGGCGGCAAUGGGUAUAGGAUCCAAAAGCAAAGGCCGAGUAAUUAUCACGGACAUGGAUACUAUUGAAAAAUCCAAUUUAAGCCGACAGCUACUUUUUCGCGACAGCGACGUCGGUAAAUUCAAGAGUAGCGCUGCCACUCAAGCUAUCCUUCGAUUCAACAACAAAAUGAAAAUUGAUUCUCAUUCCAGCAAAGUUGGAGACUCCGAGCACAAUCCCUUUGAUGAUCUGUUUUGGCGCAAAGGUGUUGACAUUGUGUUGAAUGCACUUGACAACAUGGAAGCUCGCUUUUUUACAGACAGACAAUGUGUUGCCAAUGGCAAACCUUUGAUUGACUCCGGAACGCUUGGUCCGAAGGGAAAUGUCCAAGUCGUUAUUCCCCAUAAAAGCGAAUCGUAUUCGUCGAGUGCUGACCCGCCCGAUCCUGCGAUAGCGGUGUGUACGCUUAAGAACUUCCCUUAUGCCAUUUCCCACACUAUUCAAUGGGGACGUGAUCUAUUUGAGGACGUGUUUUCGAGGAGACCAUCUCAAGUCAAUGACGCAAGGGACUCUUUGUCCUCAACCUGCGUCGAAGCCUUCGUUUCAAGAUUGAUUCAGGAACGAGGAGAGAAUGGAUUUCAACAAUUUGCUGCGGAACUGAAGGAAGAUGUGAGUCCCGAUCUCGAGUCGUCAGAUAUACGGGCGCACUCGUUAGAGUGGGCUGCGUCUACUGCAGUCAAACUUUUUCGGGAUUCUAUAGAGACGCUUCUUCUGAAACAUCCCCCGGGAAGUUUGGACGAUGAUGGCGAACCCUUUUGGAGUGGAACACGGCGACAGCCACGUGUUUUAUCGUUCUCUGGUUCCGUACCUCUUGAUGCGAUGCAGUCAAGUGUUAACGAGAAUCUCAUCGACUUUGUGAGGUAUGCCGCUCGGUUGCGGGCAGAGAUGUACGCUAGCAAGCCUAUUCGUGACCCUUUUGAAUUCUCACGAAAUGAUGCUGAGGCAAGUUUAAACAGUGCAGAGCAGGCUCAACCAUCUGACAAAGAAGUGAUGGACACAGACACAGUCAAUGUUCUUAUUGAUUCUCUCAGGCGACUAUCAUCUUUUUCAAAACCCCUAAAUACCGCCGAGUUUGAGAAAGAUGACGAUUCCAAUGGACACAUUGCGUUUGUUACUGCUGCUAGCAAUCUUCGAGCCAUGAGCUAUGGAAUUCCGCCUGUAAAUAGAUUGCAAACAAGGCGAAUAGCGGGGAACAUUGUUCCUGCUGUAAUCUCGACAACUGCAGCCGUCUCAGCUCUUUCAUGCAUUGAACUCGUCAAGCUUGCGCAGGGAGCGCAAUUGAAAUUACACAGGAAUGCCUUCAUGAAUCUGGCACUACCGUUUUUCGCUUUCACUUCCCCACUUCCUGCGGAGGUAAUGCCGGGCCUGCAAGGUCGUCAGUACACAAUAUGGGAUCGUUUGAAGGUGCGGGAAAGCAAGAAGGCCCUGGCAAAGGGUGGAAUAUCCCUAAGGAAGCUUAUUCGUCGAAUAAAACAACUAGCUUCUACGAACCCCAAAAAAGUGUCAGUUUUGUCCAUAUCUUUUGGUCCCUACCUCCUGUAUGCAAGCUUCCUCCACGAUGAUGACAAAAAUCAUCUCAAGUCCUCCUUGUGGAACAUUCUUGAAGAAUUGACCGAAGUCGACGACGACUUUGUAUCUACUCGAAGCAACGACAACAGGUCAACUGAAUAUUCGCCGACACAGAAAUUUGUGGAUUUAUCGGUCAUCGUUGAAGAUCCCGACAAUGGCAGUGAAUGCGAGUUGCCAUUGGUGAGGGUGUUUCGGAGAUUUCUAUAA